CCGGGUGACACUCCUGCCGGGGACGACCUGGAACUGGUGGAGUCCUGGUCAAAGGAACGGUACAGCGCGGGGGAGGAGACCAAGCCCAUGUUGUCCAGCGGCAGUGAAGAUCCUCAGGAUUGUACCGUUCAUGUCAUCCGGCCGUCUUCCACCCCCCACCCCGAUGAAAAACCCAAAACAUCAAAAGAGCAAUCGCCGCUCCCCCUGCUGGCCAACGUCAUCCUGAACCAGAGCUACAUCUGUGCGCUCAUCGCCAUGAUGGUUUGGAGCAUCACCUACCACAGCUGGCUGACCUUUGUUCUGCUUCUCUGGGCUUGCCUGAUCUGGAUGGUUCGGAACCGGCGGCAGUUCGCCAUGCUGUGCUCUCCGUUUAUCCUUCUCUACGCCGUGACGCUCUGCAGCUUACAAUACGUCUGGAGCAUGGACCUGGAGGACGAGCUUCCCACAAGACUUGGCUUCAUGAGGUUGUCCCAGCUGGGACUGGAACGCGCCCCCUACCCCUGCCUGAACCUCGGCGCUAUGCUCCUCUACACUCUGACAUUCUGGCUUCUCCUCCGUCAGUUUGUCACCGAGCAGCUGCAGAAACGCCGGCGGGCGAGCCCACCAUUGGUGGAGGUGACGGUUCAGGAACCUGAGAAGAAUCUGCUGAGGUGUGUGGGGGAUCAGGUGAUGGGAUCCUACGCCAAGUACUGGAUCUACGUCUGUGGGGGGAUGUUCAUCAUGGUCAGCUUUGCCGGGACAUUGGUGGUCUAUAAAAUCGUCUAUAUGUUCCUCUUCCUGCUUUGCCUGAUCAUCUUCCAGGUGUAUUACACCCUCUGGAGGAAGCUUCUGAACUUCUUCUGGUGGCUGGUUGUGGCCUACACAAUGCUGGUCCUCAUCGCCAUCUACACCUUCCAGUUCGAAGAGUUUCCCAUCUACUGGAAAAACCUGACGUCCCUCACCGAUGAGCAGUUGAGUGCGUUGGGACUGGAGAAGUUCAGCGUUUCGGAGCUCUUCACCAGCAUCCUCAUCCCCGGCUUCUUCCUCCUGGCCUGUAUCCUUCAGCUGCAUUACUUCCACCGGCCUUUCAUGUACAUCACCGACCUGGCCAAGAAGGCGUCUCUGAGGAACACUCUACAGACCGGCGGAGAGGAACCAGGAGUAGAAGAGGCGUCGGCUCCUGCCAGCACCGCGGAGGAGGAGCCGGAGGAGGAGGAGCCAGAGGAGUGCGCUGAAGACGAAUCCCUACACGGAGGAAAUCUCAGCAAGUGGGAUCUGGUUGCUCAGCGCCUCACCGUCCUCUUCUACAAGUUCUCGGAGCUCCUGCAUGGGGUUCAGGUCUUCCUGUGGCGGAUCCUGGAGCUGCAUGUGCUGAAGCUGGUGGCCCUGUACAAUGUGUGGGUGGCCCUGCUGGAGGUUUCUGUGAUGAAUUUCCUCUUCGUCAUUCUCUGGGCGUUCGCCGUCCCGUUUUCCCGCUUCCAGCACAUGGCGUCCAGUCUUUGUACCAUCUGGACCUCCAUUAUAAUCGUCUGUAAGAUGUUAUAUCAGCUGACUAUCGUGGAGCCCGAGGACUACUCCAUCAACUGCACUCAGCCUCUCCCCAAUGGCACCAACCUCCUGGAGGAAGAGAUCCAGAACUCGGCGUUGUAUCGCUCGCCCAUUGAUCCCGCCAACUGGUUUGGAAUCCGCAAAGGUCACCCCAACUUGGGGUACAUUCAGAAUCACCUUCAGGUUCUGGUUCUGCUGGUAUUUGAAGCGAUCGUUUACCGUCACCAGACGUUCUACCGCAAGCGCCACCAGCUGGAGGUACCGCGCAAUUUCACCGUCUUCCCGGAGGUUUGGCGGCAACACCUGGAUGACGGACUUCUCAACUGCAUCAAGUAUUUUAUCAACUAUUUCUUCUACAAGUUCGGUCUGGAGAUUUGCUUCCUGCUGACGGUAAACGUGAUUGGCCAGCGAAUGAACUUCAUGGUGAUCUUUCAUGGUUGUUGGCUGAUUGUGAUUCUGACUCGCCGUCGGAGGGAGAAGAUCGCGUCCUUGUGGCCCAAGUAUUGCGUCUUUCUGGUGUUCUUCCUCCUCUUGCAGUACUUGCUGUGUCUGGGAAUGCCGCCGGUGCUCUGUAUAGAAUACCCCUGGAGGUGGGACAAGAUGGUUCCCGUCAAUUCGGCUCUAAUAAAAUGGAUGUAUCUGCCCGACUUCUUCACUCCUCCCAAAGCCGACGUCCUCAUUUAUGACUUCCUCCUGCUUCUGUGUGCGUCACAACAAUGGAAGGUGUUUGUGAAUGAGAAGAAAGAAGAAUGGUACACGGUGGCUGGAGAGAAUACGGGACAAAUCGAGUUCCCCGGCAAGCGGCCAAAUCUGGUGCCCAACUUUAUCAACUGCCGAUCUUAUCUGGACAUGCUGAAGGUUGUGGUCUUCCGUUAUCUCUUCUGGUUUGUCCUGACCAUUGUCUUCAUCACGGGGGCCACCAGGAUCAGCGUCUUUGGCCUGGGAUACCUGAUGUCCUGCUUCUACCUCCUCCUCUCUGGCACCGCUCUUCUACAGAAGCCAUUGAAGGCCAGGCUUGUCCUCUGGGACUGUCUGAUCAUCUAUAACAUCACAGUGAUCCUCUCCAAGAACCUUCUAUCGCUUUUGUCGUGCGUGUUUGUGGAGCAAAUGCAGAACAACUUCUGCUGGGUGAUCCAGAUCUUCAGCCUGGUCUGCACCGUCAAGGGUUACUACAACCCUCAUGAAGUGGACAAAGGCCACGAAUGUCCCCUUCCGGUGGAAGAAGCCGGAAUCAUCUGGGACAGUAUCUGUUUCUUCUUCCUCCUCCUGCAGAGAAGAGUCUUCCUCAGCUCCUACUUCCUGCACGUGGUGACCGACCUUCGCGCCUCCUCCCUGCAAGCCUUCAGGGGCUUCGAGCUUUAUAUGGCGACGAUACGGAAGAACAUGGAUUUCCACCACGAGACGGAGAGACGCUCCCGCACCCAACUCAAGAAGCAGAUGGAGAGAAUUCGUGCGAAACAAGAACGUUACCACCAAGGGAGGAAGCAGAGCAAGACCGAGCGGGAGGAGCGAGGAGAGGAGGAAGGAAGAAAGAAGAAGAAGAAAUCCAAGAAGAUCCACUGGAGCCGCCCGUGGCUGGAUCACGCCUCAGUGCUGCAUUCGGGGGAUUAUUUUCUAUUCGAAUCGGACAGCGAGGAGGAGGAGGAGGAGUCGGCGCUGGAGGAGGAGUCGGCGUUGGAGGAACCAAAACCACCCAAACAGAGUGCCUUCCAGCUGGCCUAUCAGGCCUGGCUGACCAAUGCCAAGUCUGUGCUGAAGGAGAGGAGGAGGAGCCAGAAACAAAGGAUGGAAGCGGCAAAGACUCAGAAAGGAGACGCCCAACCAGAAGGAGGGGCGGAGCCUGUCGGCGAGGAACCUUCAGCAGAAAACCCGGAGGAGCCGGAUGAUGACCAAGGGGGCAGUACUGUGAUGCAGCGUAUACUUGAUAUACUGAAGUUCCUCUGGGUCCUCUCGCUUGCCAUGCUGGAUGGGUUGAUAAACUGGCUGGGCACACUAACCAGACAAUAUGUGGACAUGAAAACGGUUCUGUGGGUGGAGAGAUACAUCCUGGCACAGAAACUAUCCAAGGGGGAAGAUGUGACCAGAAAAGACCUGAGCACCAUCUAUGAGACCGGCCAGGACAGGCAGGGAGCCGGUCCCUCUACAUUACCCCCAACACCGACUCCAGAUUCCCAGACCAGUAUGGGUACAAGCGGCUGUGGCGAGGAGGAAGGGAUCAGCAGUAUGGUGGACGGUACGGAUAUCAUCACGCCGCUCAGCACCGGGUACAACACCCGCAGUAGCAGCAUGGAGCAGAUUUCCACCCCUGCGGGGGAGGGGGAGGUCUCCCUGGAGGUUCUGCCAACGAAACGCUCGCGUACCGCCAGUGAAUUAUUAAUUUGCAGGCCGCUGACCUUCCCAGAAGUCUCGGAAUCGAGUCGUUUCUUCGGGUCGCAGAGUCGCCCGCUCAGGCUGCUGCUCGCUCUCUACCACUUGGUGGCGGCCCAUUCAGAUCUCCUCUGUUACUUUAUUAUCAUCCUGAACAACAUGGUGAGCGCCUCCCUGGUCUCGCUCUUCCUCCCCAUCCUCGUCUUCCUCUGGGCCAUGCUCUCCAUCCACCGGCCCAGCAAGAAAUUCUGGAUGACGGCCAUUGUCUUCACUGAGAUGAUGGUGGUGAUGAAGUAUCUCUGUCAGUUCGGCUUCUUCCCAUGGAACAGCGACACGGUUCUUCUACGCUUUGAAGGGAAACCCUUCUUCCCGCCGCGCAUCCUUGGGGUGGAGAAAAGCGACUCUUACGUCAAAUAUGAUCUGAUCCAGCUGCUGGCGCUCUUCUUCCACCGAUCUCUGCUCAUGAGUUAUGGAUUGUGGGAUCGGGAACAUAUGAAUCCCGUACAGAAACCUCAGAAGAAGACGGAACCCGACCUCGCCACCAAUAUCGACCCCAAAGGGAGCCGCAGUUCUCUGAUUCGCCGGCGCAAGAGGGGAAAUUCACAGACCAGUGAGACCGACAAAGACACAGAAAAGGAGAAACUUCGAGAUCCUGAGAAAAGGAAGAAGAGGAAGCCGGCCGCUGUGAGAAUGAAGAUGAUUGGACUGAAAGUGGAAACCGUCUUCAUCCGAAUGGCGCGGGGCGUGUACGCGCCUGUGAAGUCCUUCUUCCAUGACAUCCUUCACACUCCGUAUCGCGCGGCGACGGACGUCUACGCUCUCAUGUUCCUGGCCGAUGUGGUGGACUUUGUCAUCAUUGUCUUCGGUUUCUGGGCCUUUGGGAAACACUCGGCGGCGGCGGACAUCACCUCCUCGCUGUCCGAUGAUCAGGUCCCAGAAGCCUUCCUGGUGAUGCUCCUCAUCCAGUUCUCCACCAUGGUGAUCGAUCGCGCCUUGUACCUCCGCAAAACCGUCCUCGGGAAGCUGAUCUUCCAGGUGAUUCUGGUGAUCGGGAUUCAUGUCUGGAUGUUCUUCAUCCUCCCAGCGGUGACUGAAAGGAUGUUCAGUCAGAACUCGGUGGCUCAGCUUUGGUAUUUCGUCAAGUGCAUCUACUUCACUCUGUCGGCCUAUCAGAUCCGCUGUGGCUACCCGACCCGCAUAUCGGGCAACUUCCUGACCAAGAAAUACAACCACGUCAACCUCUUCCUCUUCCAGGGAUUCCGUCUGGUCCCCUUCCUGGUGGAGCUGAGAGCCGUCAUGGAUUGGGUUUGGACCGACACCACCCUUUCCCUCUCCAACUGGAUGUGUGUGGAGGACAUUUAUGCCAACAUCUUCAUUAUCAAAUGUAGCCGGGAGACCGAGAAGAAAUAUCCGCAGCCCAAAGGUCAGAAGAAGAAGAAGAUGGUGAAGUACGGGAUGGGAGGUCUGAUCAUCGUUUUCCUCAUCUGCAUCAUUUGGUUCCCUUUGCUCUUCAUGUCAUUGGUUCGCUCCGUGGUGGGCGUGGUCAACCAUCCCAUCGAUGUGACCGUCACCUUCCAGCUGGGAGGAUAUGAGCCGCUGUUCACCAUGAGCGCCCAACAGCAUUCCAUCCAACCCUUCACCCCGCAACAGUACGAGGAUCUCACCUACCAAUUCGAGAGGCAGCCGACGGCGAUGCAAUUCAUCACUCUGUACAGUUAUGAGGACAUUGUGACGGCGAGGAUCGAAGGGAACUCGGGAUCGAUUUGGGGGAUCAGUCCUCCCAGCCGGGAUCAGAUGAGGGAUGAGCUGAGGAACGGAUCUUCGGAGAUUACACUUCGCCUGACAUGGAACUUCCAGAGGGAUUUGUCUAAAGGGGGCAGUGUGGAGAACACGUUUGAGAAGCACACCAAGGAUCUGGAGCCGGGGAGUGAGGUGCGGAUGCAACUGGCUGAUCUACUGGAAGGAAAACGUUCGGCCCCGGUUUGCGUCUCUCACUUAUUUCCACAAUAUAUUCGGGCCCCCAAUGGCCCCGAAGCCAACCCUGUGAAGCAGCUGCUGCCAGAUGAGGAAGAGAGUUACCUCAAUGUGACCGUUCAGCUGAAUCGCAAGCUUAUAGGAGAUGGAAGGGACAUCAGCAGCUUCCUGGAGUGGUGGGUCAUCCGCCUCGAAGGGUGCAAGAAAGACUGCGACAUCCUCCCCAUGGUCAUAUUUAAUGACAAAGUCAGUCCUCCAAGUCUCGGCUUCCUGGCGGGAUAUGGGAUUAUGGGACUUUACGUUUCCAUUGUCCUCGUCAUUGGGAAGUUUGUGAGGGGCUUCUUCAGCGAGAUCUCCCAUUCCAUCAUGUUUGAGGAGCUGCCGUGUGUUGAUAAUAUUCUCAAGCUGUGCCAGGACAUCUACGUGGUGCGCGAGCGCGGUGAGCUGGAGCUGGAGGAGGAGCUCUACGCCAAGCUGAUCUUCCUGUAUCGAUCACCAGAGACUAUGAUCAAAUGGACCGUGGACAAGGACUAAGAUGGCGCCAAGCUUGUGCUGGAGCUGAGAUGCUGGAGCAAGUGACAUGAAGUAAGAGGAGGAUCAUCCAUCCUCCCAGGACUAGAAUUAUUUAUGUGAUGUUUGCAGAAUGAAGACGCUACCGAGUCGGUGUCAGGAACUCUACGGGUGACGUCACGGAAAUGUUUCUUCCGGAAGCACUGACCGGAUCAUCCGUGUGUCUGAAAUGUAAAACCUUCACCAGACAAGGAGCCAACUAGAGACCUCCUAGUGAGGAUCUCCUGGAACCUCCUCUCUAGAGACCUCCUAGUGAGGAUCUCCUGGAAUCUCCUCUCUAGAGACCUCCUAG